AUGGAUGCUUUGUCGACGUUCCUCCUUAACGAACGUUUUUGGUUGCCUUCAAAUACAACUUGGAAAGAUUUUACUCGACUUGAACAAGAAGAAAAUAUCAAGUUAACAAAUCCAAAAGAUCUUCUCUAUGUUUUUCCUUUAGCCGGUGUAAUUUAUGUGAUUCGACUACUUUUCGAGCGAUAUAUUGCUAAACCGAUCGGUCGAUCACUGGGUAUUCGUGAUAGAGUUACAAGGAAAACAACAACGAUAUCAACAAAUCGUAGUACGCCCGUAGAUGUAAAUCAAACAUAUAAACAACAACACGUAGCCAGUGGUGAUAGUGCCACAUCAUCAUCGGCAAGUCGCUAUCCACGCAUUAGUUCACUGGCUAAAUUUAGUGAAACCUGUUGGCGUUUUACCUUCUAUAUAAGUGCAUUUAUUUACGGUCUUGUCAUACUUAAAAAUAAAUUGUGGACAUGGGACACACGUUAUUGUUGGUUGAGUUAUCCUAAUCAACCUCUAACGGCAGAUAUCUUUUGGUACUAUAUGAUCGAGCUUGCUUUCUACUGGUCACUUUUAUUUUCUCAAUUCAUCGAUGUUAAACGAAAGGUAUAA